AUUAUUGUAAAAAGAAGAAAAAACCAAAACGUCUUCUUCCGUGUUGAUUUCUCCAUUUGCCGACUAGCCCUCGCGAAAACUUACGGUGGGAAUCUCUCGAAAUUAAUCGAUGCAAGUGAUCUUCGCCUUCCCGUCAGUGUAAUCGAAGAGCGAGCAUUCGAUACUUUUUGAGGCACUAGGCUUAAUCGACGAUGGGAGACCACAACGAUGCCUUCAUGCGUAACAACAACAGCGCCGCCGUUCAGGCCAGGACCAAGGCCCAGAACCGCGUCAAUAUCGUGCAACUCAAGCUGAUUGGUCAAAGUCACCCGACUGGUUUGACAGCUAAUCUGCUAAAGCUGUUUGAGCCUCGCCCGCCUUUGGAAUUUAAACCACCUCCUGAGAAGAGAAAAUGCCUUCCAUAUACAGGUAUGGCACAAUUUGUUAGUAAUUUGGCUGAGCCUGGUGAUCCAGAAUAUGCUCCACCUAUCGAGGAGGUUGAAACUCGGGCACAAAGAAGAGCUAGGGUCCACAAGAUACGACUGGAAGAGGGUGCAAAAAAGGUUGCUGAAGAGCUUGAGAAAUAUGAUCCAAAUAAUGACCCCAAUGCUACUGGAGAUCCAUACAAGACACUUUUUGUAGCUAGACUUAACUAUGAGACGACUGAAAACAAAAUCAAAAGAGAAUUUGAGGCUUAUGGUCCUAUCAAGAGGGUUCGACUAGUUACAGACAAAACUAAUAAUAAACCUAGAGGGUACGCAUUCAUAGAGUAUGUCCAUACUCGGGAUAUGAAAGCUGCAUAUAAACAAGCAGAUGGAAAGAAGAUUGAUAAUAGAAGGGUGGUUGUUGAUGUUGAACGGGGUAGAACUGUCCCAAAUUGGCGACCCCGUCGCCUAGGUGGUGGACUUGGAACAACAAGGGUUGGAAAUGAAGAUCUUAAUCAGAGAGACCUAGUGCAGUCAGGAGGAAAAGCUCAGUCUGAGGAGCCAAGGAUACGAGAUGACAGAGACCGGGAGAAGUCCCGUGAGAGGGGAAGGGAUAGGGAAAGAGAACAAGAGAAGUCUCGUGAGCGAUCUCAUGAAAGGCCAAGGGAUCGUGAUUAUAGGGAUGAGAGACACAAGGAUCGUGAUAGAAACAGGGAUUAUGAGAGAGACCAUGGGCGUGAUCGUGAUAAAGAACGUGAUCGAACGCGAGGGCGUAACCAUGGUAGGGAGCGUGAUCGUGGGAGAGACCGCGAUCAUAAUCGCGAGAAGGAUAGAGGUAGAAGUAGGGACUAUGAUGUUGAUGAGCACGAGCAUGGCUAUUCUCGCGAUAGGGACUAUGACUACGAUCAUGAGCAUAGUUAUUAUCAUGAUAGAGACUAUGAUCACGAGCGGGACAGGCAUGAUGAAAGGGACAGAAAGUAUGAUCAUGGAGAGACCGAGGAAGACCAGGUAUGGUAUGAACAGUCUAAUCAUGGACAUAAACAUUCAAAAGGGGAGCACGACCAUGGACAUUAUGACUAUUAUGAUCAUCAUAAAGAUCAUGGUGAGUAUGAUAAUCCAGAUGGGCAGGGAUAUGAUGAGAGCUAUAAAGACUGACCGUGAUAAUGUUUGAUAUGAUCAAACGGAGUAGGAUAAUUAUGUUUAUGACCACGCAACCUCUGAAUCAUCACAAAGGGAUCGUGAUUAUCACCACUCGGGUCUCUCUGGUGAAUACAAGUACUAAUUAUGUAGACUUGUCAAAAUGAUAUUUGCAGUGAAUAUUGCUGCUGUUGAUGUUUGCGGAAUGUGAUUAAUGGCCCAAGCAAGCUUAAGGAAGUUGUUAAUCAUGAAAUAGACUUGGUUUUCAUUUGUGUUAUUUCCUGUUCUUAGGACCCCAUGGAGGUUUACUGGUUUGUGCUUUGAUGAUUGCUCACCAAUUUUGGAUGUGUUUAAAAACUUUAUUAUUUCUUUUCAAUAUCAAUCUGCUGAUUUUUAAAACU